AUUCGUCUGUGCUGCCCACUGGAAAAAGGAAAUGUAAAAAUGUGCAGAUUGCAAGUUGCUCUCGGAUGUUAUUCUGAAGCAGUGACAGCUCUCUACUACUGGCAUUUCUGAGCUCAGAUGUACUCUGAAAGCUCUCAGCAGUUGCACUUUUGUUUUAUAUAUCAAACAGGGAGUGGAAACUGUUGUAUGCGAUCGGUAAAGUCAGUUUCUGAGUUACUCGUACCAAAAGCUCUCAGAGCUAAACAGAAACCAGAAGAAACUGCAAAAGGCUCCAUAAGAGAAAUAGGAGAAACAAAAGGGUAUUACAGUCAGCAGUGACCCCACAGCCACCACCCAAAGAGUAGCUGCAGGUCUGCAUCUGUUUUGACAUUUGGGGGCUGAGAAAACUGGCUGUGAAAUACCUCCAGAUGGAUGAUUUUGAGGAUGCUAUUGCACAUGUAUUUAUUGCUUACAGCACCACAUAGUGAAUGCUCCUUAUUCCAACCUGCACCUUGGCUUCAUGCUGAGCUUCAUUUUAUCAGCACCACAAGCAAUUAUAUUCAAGAGGCAUUUGAGAAGGAACGUGACCAGGGUCAUACAUGACUUACUCACCACAGGACAAAGUUUCUUCCAAAAUCAGAAUAGAUGACAUAGAAACUGAAACCAACGUAAAAGUGAAGCCCGAAGGAAAUGUCAUGUGUAGUUUUUACCUUAGGACAAUCUGGUCAGCAAGAAGCUUUAGAGGAGUAAUGUUAUCAAGCCUUGCAAGCAACAAUCUUACUUAGUUAGAUGAACACAAAGUAAACAAGAUACUGUGAAGAGCAAAAUAAUGCUGUACAAGAAAGCAAAGGGAUGCAAAGGAACAAGACAUGUAAAUGUUAAGUUUGCAGCUUUUCCAGUAUUUUUUAAUUGUUACCUAUCUAGGAAAUUUGACGAUAGCUGGAAAUUCCAUUGGUAACGUAAACUUCUCAUUAGAGUUCACAUCUGUGCUAAAUGAAAAUAAACAUGACGACAGACAGCUCAAUCUGUUACAACAAUACUGAUGUUAAGUGUUACUAUGCAAUUACAUACACUUUGAUUCUGGUCCCUGGAUUAAUAGGGAAUGUUUUAGCUCUGUGGGUCUUUUAUGGCUACAUGAAAGAAACUAAAAGGGCUGUGAUAUUUAUGAUCAAUCUAGCCAUUGCUGACUUAGCACAAGUUUUAUCCCUGCCUCUAAGGAUUUUCUACUACUUGUCUGGAACAUGGCACUUUGGAGAAGGUCUCUGUAUAUUUUGUUUCUACCUUAAGUAUGUAAAUAUGUAUGCAAGCAUCUACUUCUUGGUUUGCAUCAGUGUAAGACGAUUUUUGUUUCUUAUGUACCCCUUCAAGUUCAGUGACUGCAAACGUAUAUAUGAUGUGUACAUCAGUAUCGCUGGGUGGAUUGUCGUCUGCAUUGGCUGUUUGCCUUUUCCUCUUCUAAGAUUUAAUCCUGGUAACUCUAAUAACUCUGAUAAGGGGAAUGCCAGUAUUAAGUGCUUUGCAGAUCUUCCCAUAAAGGACAUUGACCUUUCCAACUCCAUUGUGAUGAUGACCAUAGGUGAGAUGAUUGGGUUUGUAACUCCUCUGCUGAUAAUUCUGUAUUGCUCGUGGAAGACUAUCCUAUCAUUAAAAGAAAAGAAUUCAAUUUCCCAUGACUUUGGAGAGAAAAAAAAGGCUUUAAAGAUGAUCCUCACCUGUGCUGUGGUAUUUCUGAUUUGCUUUGCACCUUAUCAUAUCAGUUUUCCUUUAGAUUUCCUUGUUAAAUCAAAAUGGAUAAAAAACCAAUGUGCCCGAAAUGUGAUUUCAAUAUUUCAUGCAGUGGCUUUGUGUCUUGCCAGUUUGAAUUCUUGUGUAGACCCAGUCAUAUACUACUUCACUACAGAUGAGUUCAGAAGACGACUUUCAAGACAAGAUUUGCAAGACAGUAUUCAGUUACACAACAGAGGUUAUGCGAAAAAGCAUUCCAGAACUGUGUGAUAAGGUGAAGUGGUGGAAUAUUAAUAUUGCACUUUCUGAAAUGAUUACAAGGAUGUUCAUCAUCAUAUUCAUGUAGUCCAGCAUAUUGGGGAAAAUUCUGAAAUCCUUUCUCAGGCAAACAUCUGUUGACUUCAAUGAGCGUUGGACUGAUUAAAAAAUUGACAAAGGACUUGAGGAUUUGACAUUUUUCUUGCAAACCUGUUGUGAAUAUUGAAUUUAAACAACAUGGUAUGUAUAUUAUAAAAAGAAUUGAUAUGGUGCCCAAUCCAGAACUGACCAAGCCGGAAUAAAAUAGCUUUGUUCAUGUGAAACUGA